AACACACUAUUGUCCGCUUACAUUUGAGUGUAUUUUUGGCACUUCCAUAUAGCUUAAUUGACAAGUGAGCCCAAGAUGGAUCCAACAAGCUAAACGUAUGGUGUAUUAAUGUAUCACAUUUGCACCUGUUCCUGAGUCACUAUGCAUAGUGGUCCUUCAACCAGAAAUACACUUUAAAAACACAAACUUCACCAAACUUACGACUUACUACCUCAUAGGCUACAAUUAAUCAAAUGCAUUCGAUUCAUCUCACAUGAAUUUCGCAUUUUACAAGAGUUUACUUCAUCAAAUUAUCCGUCAACAUUCUAAUGAUGAGACACGUGUAAGAAGCCUGUAAUGUAAGAGCGAUGAAGAUAUCCCAUAAUAGGACAUAAUGAGUCCUGACGCCACCUCCAUCAUUUCGCCUGUCCUCAAGGAGGGAAAGACGCAUGUAUUUGAGCAAGGGGUGAGAUGCGAACCGUGUCGAGGAGAUUGGUGGGUGUGGGUGCCUGUGUGAUCGCUGUGGCGACUGUACAUUGUAGCAGAGACCUCACUGCCGCGUGUGGCAGCGAUAGUGAUACGGAACACUGGAUUGCCACUCUACAAAGGGCUGUCCAACAGAGGGCAGUGUGAGAUUUGACCAAUCCCACACUCCUCCGGUCCCCUCAGGUCCUCGCUGUGUGUCUGCAGUCAGAAUCACCCCUCUGACAAGCAUGAAAGGCUCUCCCGAUCUGAUUCCGUCUGCAGAGCUGGACCCUACAAGAGUGUGUAAAGGGAAGGGGGUCGUGACUCUGAGGGCCACUCUGGUCCACAUAGACGACGAGGACUGCGUCAGCGAAGAAUCAAAUGUUGACACAGCGCCAAGUGGUUGGAUCGGCCAGAUCAAUGGAGACAGCGCUCAAACGGGAUUUGCUGAUGGAGGCUUCCACGAUAUCACAGCUGAUUUACCUACAGUCAACAGAACUCAAGCCCAGGGAAGUUCACCUGUGAACACAGAAGAACCCCAGCUUCCUGCCUCUUUUGACAUUCAGAACUAUAUUUCGUCGACAAAGGCCACCUCUGCCUACCCAUCCACCGCUGGCACUGUCAACCCAACCGUAGUUCUGCUACAACACAACAGAGACCCCACCCCAGAGAGGGACAAAUCGCCUGAUCCAGGACCUGUAGUUGGAACAGAGCGAGAACUGAGCCAACACCCAGAUAUGGACGGCAAGAGGAUGAGGUACUCUCAAUCCCAUAUCUUGGGCCCACUGAACCAGCCCAUCGUGCCAGUACGGAACACAGAUAAGUCAAAGGACUGGUACAAGAACAUGUUUAAACAGAUACACAGAAUUCCAGAACCUGUUGAGGAAAACCCAUAUCGCCCCACCUACAUAUUCCCUGAAUCCUAUGAUCCUAGGCAGAUGAAAACAACAGAUGAUGGUCACUCCCCCUAUGGUUAUGUGGAAGAAGUGAAAGCGGUCCCACGAUCAAAAAGUGCCGCUGAAGUUGACCAUAGGUCGUCUAUGCCUGUGCCAACACGGUCCUCUUCCCUCAAACCUGCCAAAAGGAACGACUGGGAGCCCCCUGACAAAAAGGUAGACACCAGGAAGUACCGUGCCGAGCCCAAGAGCAUCUUCGAGUACGAGCCGGGAAAAUCGUCGGUGAUGAAACUGGAGAGAAAGACUCAGCACACUAGUCCAGAAGAUGUAGAUUUAGAGAAUGAGCCUUGGUAUAGAUUCUUUUCAGAGAUGGACUUUGAUAAAGCGAGUGCCCCCUCUUUCAGCCCUCUGGAAACACCCUCCGACCUACAGAAGUACGCCGGGUGUAAGGGCGGACACAGCGAGGUGGAGAAGGAAGAAGGCUCGUCUGGCAGCGAGCCAGCGGCUCCAGAAUGCGACCGCUAUGUUUACAAGAGCAUCCUGGAGGGCGGGGAUAUUCCCCUGCAAGGUCUGCGGGCCCUCAACAAGCGCCAUGCCAGCACCUCCUCUAAAGUGGAUUAUCAAGGUGGGAAUGGCUAUAUCAUUUCCCCCUGCUCUUCUGUAAAUAGUCGAUCAGUUCUUGCCAGUAAUGCCCUAGGUUACCAGUGUAAGAAUAAGAAGCCCUUAUCUGCCGCCAAAGGCUGCAUACCCCAAAUCCUCCCCUCUAAGUUCAAACCUAAGCUGAUGGCCCCUGGUGGUGACAGCCAGGACAGGAGGACUGUGCCUGCCAAGCACCCAAAGGCACACAGCUGUGAGGAUAUAUACACAGGGAACACAGGAGCAGAGGCCCGGGAGAGCGGACUACACUCAAACACAGACUCAGACUCCAAUGAUCUCCCUCUUGACUCUGAGACUGGUUUUCAAAAUGACAACCCUGAGACUAGAAGGAGCACAGCCGAGUUCUCCACCCUAUACCGGAACAUGCACAGCAUCCAGAGGCCUUCCUACUCGGUGGGCUCCAGCCCCCACGGGAGUGUCCGUAGCCUGACCUCCCUGUUUGAAAAGGUGGGGAUCAAUGAAACUGAUGGGGAGGGGGACGAGGCAGGGGGGAACAUUCCCCGGCGGGACGCUGUGUUGUCAAGGGUGUCGGCGUUUGAACUGAUCAUCCAGCGCUCCAGCUCGACUCCCACACGCUCCUCCUCCAUGCCAACGCUACCCACUUGCCCCACCCACAACCACGGCGCCGCCAACCUCUUCAUGGUGUCUGCCGUCUCAGCUGAGUUGCUGCUGGUCACUGACCCUGGGCAGACAAAGGGCUGCCCUCUGGAGGACACGGAGGGCAAGGCAGCCCAAGACGAGGCCUCUCUAUCAGGCAGCAAGAUAGUGGAGGCGGUGGCAUCCUCGGAGUACAGUGACACCCUGCGAGCCGAGUCUCUCUCUGGGACUGAGGUAGAGAUAGAGCAGCACGGCUCCACAGAGAAAGUACCAAAAGAGAAACCCCCAGUGGUCACUUUCUCCAGAACCUCAAACAGUCCCCCAGCACCAGUCACUCCAUAUGCUCCCCCACACAACUACCACCUCCACAACCACCACCACCACCACCUUAAACCCAGCAGCAAGUGCAAAGGCUCCUGCCCAGCCUCUUAUACCCGGUUCACCACCAUCCGGCGGCAUGAGAGGCAGCAGCAGGCCUCAGCCCAGCAGGACAAACUCUCCACUCAGGAGAAAAUAAAGAACUCCUCCUCUCUCCCCGCGAACCUCUUGCUCAUGAGCCCUGCACCAUUCAUGGUGAAGAGGUCUCUCCAGUCUCACCGGGCCAAAAAUUAUGUCUCAGCCACUAAGGUGAUGGCAGGUCAAAGGUCACAGACCCAUUCUAGUGAGCCCAGGCCCCUCAUCCCACAGCGUCUCUCUUCCUUGGAGGUGCUGGAGAGGCUUGGCACUGGGGAGGGUGCGCUGACCGGCAGUGACAACAACCUGACUAAUGGGGGAGGCAUGGACGCCAAUGGGAAUCUUCUGCAGCCGCUGGCAGCUCAUCGCAGAGAUUCAGACUCGUCCCAGGCUUUGACCCAAGGAGACCUUGGUGACGGCCAGGAUGAGGUGGUUAGGAGACGCCAUGGAGACAAAGAGAAAAUCCUGGAAGAGCAGCGGCGGCUGAAGAGGGAGCAGGAGGAGGCUGACACAGCAUCGAGGCGACACACAGGAAUCGUUCCCACCCACCACCAGUUCAUCACUAAUGAACGCUUCGGAGACCUGCUCAACAUCAACAUCAACGACACAGACAAGAGGAAAUCCGGAUCAGAGAGAACUCCAGCCCUGGCUCGGUUUGACUUCAGAGCAGAGACUCUAAAGGAGUUACCAUUUCAAAAGGGAGACAUUGUGUACAUCAUUCGACAGGUGGAUAAUAAUUGGUUCGAAGGGGAGCAUCACGGCAGAGUCGGCAUCUUCCCACGGAGUUAUGUUGAGCUCCUUCCCCCCACGGAGAAGGCCCAGCCAAAGAAGAGUGCCCCAGUGCAGGUGCUGGAGUAUGGAGAGGCCAUAGCCCGUUUCAACUUCACAGGGGACACGGUGGUGGAGAUGUCAUUUAGAAAGGGAGAGAGGAUCAUCCUAAUUCGCAGGGUCGAUGAGAACUGGUACGAGGGCAAGGUCUCCGGUUCCAAUCGCCAGGGUAUCUUCCCCGUCACCUACAUAGAGGUGCACAAACGACCCAGAGUCAGGAAUGGAUUGGAUUAUCCAGACCCGCCCAUUGGCCAAUCACCUCACCGCAGCCUCAAUGCUUCCCCUCAGCUGAACCGUGUCCGUAGCAACCGGCUCAUCUCGUCCCCCCUGUCCCUCCCCCACUCCCCCCGCCGCUCUGUGUCCCCCGAGGUCCACGCCAUCUCCUCUGAGUGGAUCUCCCUGACCAUAGGGGGUGCCGGCCCCCCUGCUGCCCCAACCCCUCCUCUACCCCCACUCCCCUCUGUGUCUUAUCGCUGGGGCGAGUACCUGCCCCCUUCCAUGUCCGCCAGCCCCGUGCCCCCCAUCUGCGGCAGCCCUUACUGCAUCUCCCCAAUGGCCUCCCCUUCCGUCCCCCUGCCCCCACCCUACCCACCCCGCCCUGGCUCAGCCACCCCUUACCUCACCUUCACCCCUCCCCAGGGGGAGGACUUCCUGCUCUCCCCUCCCUCUCCUCGUCUGUCCCGCAGUCUGAGCCCCUGUGGGGGGGUGGGCCUGGAGAGCUGGCUGACAGGGGCCAGUCCCUUGCGCAUCCUGGAGAGGGAUUUGAUGGAGGGGGAGGGGGCAGAGGGAGACAGGGGCACUGGAUGCGAAGCCCUGGGCUGCUGGCGAAAUAGCCCUGCAGAGCUGGUGAUGAAUGAGAGUGACUACCAUGGUAGAACCUCCAGGAGCCCUGUCAUGUUGUUUGACAUCCACGACAACAACAUGAAUGCUAACUCAUUUGCGCAACCCCAGUCCCACAGCCCGGAGCCGAGUCGUCUCAGCUGUGGAAUUUUCCAGGCUUUGUACUGUUACGUGCCACAGAAUGAGGAUGAGCUGGAGCUGCAGGAGGGAGAUCUUGUCAGCGUAAUGGAGAAGUGUGACGAUGGCUGGUUUGUUGGUACCUCAAAGAGGACCAAACAGUUUGGCACGUUUCCAGGAAACUACGUGAAAGAGGUCAACUUGUAACCUGUCAACAGACAUUUAUAGUGUGAGAAGAACCCAGCUCUAACCCGUGGUUACCAUUCAAGUAUUUGGGAAGGCAUUACUAUUGCGCUUGAUUGUUUCAAUUAGGAUAGUCAUUCAGCCAGGUGAAUAUGUUUGUCUGGUGUAAGUGAUCAGUUUGGUGUGAGGUAUGUUGAUGUACAUGAGGCGAAGACAGGAGGAAGCUUUGCUGUUGACUCACUGCCCAAACGUCAGUGUGGUGUAUACGUACUCCAACCAUAUCCCACACAGUACAUGGGCUGAAUUUAUAAUAUCCUAUUCUGACAAUAGAACUUUUAGUUUUAAAAAAUCCUCCCAAAAUGUCAGCACAUACAGACUACGUUAUAAAAUGAGUUUGCAAAACAUUAUGAACACCAGAUUAGACUGACCAGGUGAAUCCAGGUGAAAGCUAUGAUCCCUUAUUGAUGUCACUUGUUAAAUCCACUUCACAUCAGUGUAGAUGAAGGAGAGGAGACAGGUUAAAGAAGCAUUUUUAAUCCUUGAGACAAUUGAGACAUGGAUUGUGUGUAUGUGUGCCAUUCAGAGGGUGAAUGGGCAAGACAAAAGCUUUAAGUGCCUUUGAACAGGGUAUGGUAGUAGGUGCCAGGCGGACCGUUUUGUGUCAAGAACUGCAACGCUGCUGGGAUUCUUAAUGCUCAAUCUGUUUCCCGUGUGUUUCACGAAUGGUCCACCACCCAAAGGACAUCCAGCCAACUUAACACAACUGUGGGAGGCAUUGGAGUCAAUAUGGGCCAGCAUCCCUGUGGAACGCUUUCAACAUGUCCCAACUCAAUAUUAGGAAGGUGUUCUUACUGUUUUGUACACUCAGUCAGUAUUCUUGUACAGUAUAUAUAGUAGCUGCGGUGUGUCAUUGUGAUUGUUAACUACUAUACAAAGUAUUUUUUGAAGCGCAUGAAUGUCUAUCUACAGUAUAUGGGGGGUCAGCAGCAGAGCAGUUCAUGGAUCAAGAGAGUGGAUCUUAUAACUACCAUGAUGGUAUACGAGGGCUCAAAUGUGUUGUUCAUGAGCUAGAGAAAUAGGAGCUGUUAUUCAUCAGCUAUCUUUCAGGACCUUUUUUGGCGAAAGCAUUUUUCAUUGACUCUGAAUGCGGAUACAUACAUCUGAAGGUCGACAUGACAUGCUAAGCCGUCUAGAAGACUCAUGUUUUUCCUAGGAAAACCCAGUAACUAGUAUUGUUAGACAUACCAUGGAGGUAUCAGGCUGUAUGUGAUGGCACAUACUUGGACAGGGUCCAACAAACCAUAUUCCUUGAUUCGAAUUUUGAAAACCCAUUGACCUGACAGUGAACUUCUUUAAAAAAAAAUGUUUUUAAUUAUAGAAUCGUGGAAUGGCUUGGUUUCAUUAGCUCAGAAUGCACUGAAAACUAUAAAGCCAUGUUUGUGACAAUGUAGUCAAUGUAGGCUUGUAGUCUUCAUAAAAUAGCCGGGCGUUCUUACCUCAGUGUAGUCCAAAAGCUUCCAAUGCCGUUUUAGUAUUGCCUUUGUUUUCUAACCAAGGUGUGUCCUAUAAUUCGAGUAUGUUCGUGUGCAUGAUAGAAAUCUGGAAAUGCUCAAACACGUUAGCUAAUAUUAGCUCAGCUUUCUGUCAGCUGAAGUGAUUAACACAAUCAGGAAGACUGGUUGUGGUAUGUACAUGCCUGAUUAAGACAGAUCGUGCAUGUGUAUGAAGGCGUGUAUGUGCAAGCAAGCUUUUAUGCCUAUGUGUCACACAUCUCUUAUCAAAAAUGAUUUUCUGUCAUCUUGUACAGCAUAUCUGUCCCGUAAAAUUAGAAGUAACAUUAGCUGUCUGAUCUUUUGUGAUUCCUGUGAGGUAGCUUGGUGGCAACUAUACUGGCUCCAGUGAAACCACAGGACAGGCGUGGUGUGCCACUCUUUUUAAAGCACUUAACUUCCGCCCCGAGGUCAUUUUUGAGCUUUCUCCUCACACUAAUUGUAUACUAAUUCAUUUGAAGUUUAAAAAGGCCUUGCGUGAACUAACACUCGCACUUUACUUUUUUUCCCCCCCUUACUAGCGCUGACUUUGCUGAUAGCUACUUUAUUGAGGAAAAAUGUACUUACUAUGACUGUGAUGUGUGGUUGACCCACCUAGCUAUCUUAAGAUGAAUGCACUAACUGUAAGUCGCUCUGGAUAAGAGUGUCUGCGAAAUGAUUAAAAUGUAAAUGUAACUCUU